AUGUUCAGCAAUCCCACUGUCAACUCCAAAGACCACGAAGUCCCAGACGUGCUCUCUGAUCCGGCAGAUGCAACGGUCGACAUCGUUUUUGUUCACGGGCCUGGUGGCGACAAAGAGGGCACAUGGACCUGGAUCUCUCCCGAGAGGUCUAUUCAACAACCUGAACGCGUAUUUUGGCCCAGGGACCUAUUGCCCAAAGACCUUCCUCACGCCCGUAUCAUCUCUUUCGGGUAUGAUGCCAGUUUCGCCCACUUUUACCCUUUUUACGGACCCAGGAACGUUCCGCAGGGGACAACCCUGGAUGACCAUUCUACUGCACUGUUUCAAAGGCUAAUAGCCCUUGAAGAUGAAAGCUCUUCUAAGAGGCCGAUUAUAUUCGUCACGCACAGCCUUGGGGGUCUCGUUACUGCCAACGCCUUGUCUCGACCGAACGGAACGGAUAGCAAGAAGGAUGAAAUUGCGAACAGAACUGUCGGAGUAAUCUUCCUCGGCACCCCCUUUGAAGGUUCGGAAAAGGCAAGUUGGGCAGCAGCGGCGCUCCGACUGCUGUCUUUCGUGAGCUCAACCAACGAUGAAAAAAUCAAAGAUCUCGAAGAGAGAUCAGCGAAACUCGUCAGCAUCAACGAUUCUUUCUACAAGUAUCUGAAGAAGAGGGAUCGGUUGGAGGUAAACAAGAACUUCCUUGAGGUUGCUUGUUUCUUCGAAGAGUAUCCAAUGAAGAUUGGAGGAAAGAAAAUGCACAUCGUACCCAAGGAGUCGGCAUGCCUGAAUGGGGUCGAUCCGCAAUCCAUCUCAGCACAUCAUUCGGACAUGUGCAAGUUCGAGGACGAAUACCGCAACGGAUAUAAAUGCAUCUUAGGCCAGCUGCAACUGUGGAUCAGAAAACUGAGCUCGGUGUCAUCCGAGAGAAAAGGCAUUUCCCAGGUUGUCAAGCACUUCGUUCUAUCAGUAUGGCAUUAA